AUGGAAGCAACUUUAUGCUAGAUGUUAGCGGAGAAUUACACUUAAGAAACAAACAAAUACUCAACAAUUAUAGUUUUCUAAAGAUAUAGUUCUGAUAAAAAAUGCAUGUUUUUUAUUGGUUAUGAUUCCAAUUCAUAUAUCAUUAUUUAACAGCAACACUACUAAGUAGAUGAGAUGGUUAAAAACUUAGAUUUAUAUUUCAAGAGAGUUUAUGACUUCUUAUAUUAAAUCCUUUUUCAAAAGAAAGAAGUGACGAUCCACUUCAUAAAUAUUUUAAUAAUAAAAGAUUUCAAUCAUUUCUAUCAAUUAAUUGAAGUUCUUGAAGAUCCUUUCCCAAAAAGCAAAAUCAUAGUCUGGAUUGAACAUUAACAAUAACUUGUUAUACCAGAAUAAUAAUAUUUAUCAAUCUAAAUCUCCUUCAAUUAUGUAUAAAUCAAAUUUGAUUAUAGAGUGCACUUAUAAAGAUUUAAAUUGGUUUUUUAAUCAAAGAUUUGGAAGCCUACAAAUAGUUCGCAAUCAAAUAAAUUAAUCAAAUUCAAGAGAGUCACUAAUAGUUCCGAUAAUAAUUUGAAAAAUGCUUAGAACAAGUUUAGGCCUUUAAAUUCUUGACUCUGGUUAAAGAAAUUACUUUUAUAAAGGAUAUACCUGAUGAUAUAGAGUAUUUAGCAUAAAUAUUAAUGAAUCUACCUCGUUAUACAUGUUUAGAUGCAGUUGUAAUAAUAGCUAAACUUAAGUUAUAUAAAUAAAAAGCAAAUUUUAAUAGGACAAAUAAUUAAUAAAAAUUAAAAAUUAACGAAUACUUGGAAACAACCUAAUCUGAUUUAGCGAUAUUUAAAGAGCAAAAGUAUUGCCAUUUCCCAAAGAGAGGAGAUAAUAGUUAAAAGUAUUUAUUUUUUAAUUUAUGAUAGGUGUAAAGUUUGUUAAAAGAAUGGCAAUAAAGUUAGAAAAUCCAGUUUUGUUUGUGAAGCUUGUAAACUACAUUAUAAAAUUAAUGUAACCCUUUGUACAACAAAAUGCUUUAAAAUAUUUCAUUUAAAUCCUGAAAAGUAUUUGCGCAGAAAAAAUAGAUCAAAAAACACAAAAGUAGAAGAAUGA